AUCUAUCCUUGAUUCCAUUGGAUAAGAGUUAUCUGGUGUGACAAGGCUGUAGCACGUGAUCUAAAAAAGUCCCGUCGCGAAACCUCGAGUUUUCGACGCGAAGCCGGCAAGAUUGGAGCUCUAUUUUCUUGCACAUUCCUUCAAUUUCAUAUAUUUUUUGCCUUUUACUUAUUCAAAAUGGAUGAUCUUUAUGACGAGUACGUAUCCUCGAAAUCUUAAGCUCUUUGAAAUGCUUGACCGUUGCUAAUAUUCUUGCAGGUUUGGAAACUUCAUUGGUGACGCCGAGGAGUCAGAAGAGGAGUCUCAGCAUGGUAAUGAUGCGAGCGCAUACGUUUACGAUGAAUAUCCCGAGGAGGCACCAGAGGAACCUACGGGACAGGAAUUGAUGGACCUUGAUGGUUGGUCAUAGCUAUUUUAUGGAACCUAUAAAGCUAUCUGCUAACUACUCCAUCUUUAGAUGAAGGUCCUUCAAAUGCGGUGAUAUUGCAUGAAGACAAGCAGUAUUAUCCCACGGCCCAGCAAGUAUACGGAGAGGACGUGGAAACUAUGGUGCAAGAAGAAGAUGCGCAACCUCUCACGCAACCUAUUAUAGCUCCCGUGGAACAGAAGAAAUUCAACAUCCAAGAGGCGGAUCUUCCACCAGUACAUUUCGAUCGAAGUUUCAUGUCCGACCUCAUGAAUUAUCCCGAACAAAUUAGAAACAUUGCUUUUGCUGGACAUCUGCAUCAUGGCAAAACCGCAUUUAUGGACAUGUUGGUCCUAGAGACUCACGACAUCUCUGACCGAUUAGAAAAGAAGACGGGAAGAAAGAAGGAUGAGCAAUUACGUUAUACAGAUAUCCAUGUUGUUGAGCGAGAACGGGGACUAUCCAUAAAAUCCGCGCCCAUGAGUCUGGUGCUCCAGAGUACUAAGGGGAAAUCACAUCUUCUAAAUAUCCUCGACACUCCGGGUCAUGUUAAUUUCGUGGAUGAAGUUGCCUCGUCAUUACGGCUGGUAGAUGGAGUAGUUUUGGUCGUUGAUGUUGUUGAAGGAGUUCAAGUCAAUACAGAACGGAUCAUAAAACAUGCCGUUUUGGAAGGACUGCCCUUGACCCUUGUUGUCAAUAAAAUGGAUCGUCUAAUUCUGGAGCUCAAGCUGCCACCAACGGAUGCUUAUUUCAAGCUCAAGCAUGUUAUUGAGGAGGUCAAUACCGUGAUUGAGGCUACAUUACCAGGUCAAGGGGAGAGCCGAAGACUCAGUCCUGAGAAGGGGAAUGUUCUUUUUGCCUGUACUAGCAUGGGAUGGUGUUUUACCUUGCAAUCAUUUGCGAAAAUGUAUGCAGACAGCUACGCCCCAAAUCACAAGCGAGGUCCGGGUUUGAACAACGAAGAGAGUGGUAUCAAUGCACACGAAUUUGCCAGGAGACUGUGGGGCGACAUUUUCUAUAACCCAUCAAGGAGGUCAUUCACUCGAAAGGGUGUUGAAGAGAGGUCUAAGCGCUCUUUUGUGAAUUUCAUCCUGGAACCAAUCUACAAGCUAUACUCUCACACUAUUAGUGAGAGCCCAGAAGAUUUGAAGGACACUCUGGAAACGCUUGGGAUUUUCCUCAAACCAUCGCAGUACAAGACGGAUGCCAACGUUCUUUUGAAACUAGUAUGUGAACAAUUUUUCGGCCCAUCAACCGGGUUCGUCGAUAUGGUUGUACAGCAUAUACCUUCUCCGGUGGAAGCAGCAGAGAAGAAACUGGAACGCCAUUACACCGGUCCAUUGGAUACAACGGUAGGAGCGGCUAUGAAGAAUUGCGAUCAAGAUGGUCCACUGGUCAUACAAAUCACCAAGCUAUUAAACACAAGCGAUGCUACGGGAUUCUAUUCAUUCGGAAGAGUGCUAAGUGGUAUUGCACGAGCAGGUACUCAAGUGAGAGUUCUUGGCGAAGGAUACUCAAUUGAUGAUGAAGAGGACAUGAGUGUCGCCACCAUAUCGGAUGUAUGGAUCGCUGAAACAAGAUACAAUAUCCCUACAGAUGGAGUACCCGCGGGCAAUUGGGUUCUGCUUGGGGGUGUAGAUAACUCGAUUGUUAAAUCUGCAACCAUUGUACCCCUUGUUUUACCAAAUGAAGAGGAUGCGUAUAUUUUCAAACCCAUUACUCAUUUCACCGAGUCGGUCUUCAAGGUGGCUGUGGAGCCAAUCAACCCUUCCGAGCUUCCUAAGAUGUUGGAUGGUUUGAGAAAAGUCAACAAAAGCUACCCUCUUAUCACUACGAAGGUAGAAGAAUCUGGCGAACACGUCAUUCUGGGCACGGGUGAACUCUACAUGGACUGUGUCCUGCAUGACCUCCGACGAUUAUAUGCAGAGAUGGAGAUCAAGGUGUCUGAUCCUGUCACACGCUUCUGUGAGACAGUCGUUGAGACAUCAGCUAUCAAAUGUUAUGCCCAGACACCAAACAAGAAGAACAAAAUCACAAUGGUUGCAGAACCUCUUGACCAGGGUAUUGCUGAGGAUAUUGAAAGUGGAAAGGUCAGCAUAAAGAGUCCUGCUCGCGUGAUUGGCAAAUACUUUGAGGAGAACUAUGGUUGGGAUUUAUUGGCUUCUAGAAGUAUUUGGGCCUUCGGUCCCGACGACUUGGGACCAAACAUUUUACAAGAUGAUACCAUUCCAUCCGAGGUAAGUUUCAAUCCCAGAAAGAACCUAUUCCCUUACCCCUUGUUAGUAGCUAGCCGAUCUAGAGCUGCUACUGCUAUUACCUGCAAAGGUUAAAUAGCCUUUGUGUUGCACAGAAUUGAGAUUAUUCGGCCCUUUUUAUGCUGACUGAUCUACAACAGGUGGAUAAGAGGUUAUUACUUAGUGUACGAGAUACGAUUCGACAAGGAUUUAGCUGGGCAGCUCGAGAAGGGCCACUUUGCGAAGAGCGUAAGUUUCCACACAUUUUUUCCUCUGCCCUUUUCCCCAGACGCCCUCCCUUUCAUCCUUACCCUACCUAUUACUCCCAGGUAUCAUACAUGAUACAUUGUAAUUAUGGACGACCCUCACGCCAUGGUAUCAUUGAAUUAAUAUGGAAAAUUCCGUCCAUUAUUGUCACACAGACCACAACUACUAACCCCUGAAUUAAAUUUUCAUUGGUCCAUCUAUCCGAGUUAGUGCUAACGUUCCUUGUAGCAAUCCGCAAUAGUAAAUUCAAAAUAACAGACGUGAUAUUGGCUCCCGAAGCAAUUUUCCGGGGUGGUGGUCAGAUUAUUCCCACUUCCCGACGCGCAUGCUAUUCUUCCUUCCUAAUGGCUUCUCCAAGGUUAAUGGAACCCGUCUACUCCUGUUCCAUGACCGGACCUGCAGAUUCCGUCACCUCUCUCUACACUGUACUAGCUCGUCGUCGCGGUCACGUCUUGUCGGAUGGUCCCAUCGCUGGUACCCCCCUUUAUCGUGUCAGUGGUUUGAUACCCGUCAUCGAUUCUUUUGGAUUCGAAACCGAUCUCCGCAUUCACACUCAAGGCCAAGCAACUGUUUCUCUAGUGUUUGAUCGGUGGAGUAUCGUCCCCGGCGAUCCAUUAGACAAGGAUGUAAUCCUCAGACCUCUUGAACCCGCAAAUGCACAAGCCACAGCUCGAGAUUUUGUUCUCAAGACCAGAAGAAGAAAGGGUUUGAGUGAGGAUGUAAGUGUGGCUAAAUUCCUCGAGCCGGAACUCUUUACCAGUUUGAAAGAAACGGGAAUCCUAGAUGGGUAGGUUGACGGUAAAAUUACCAAACACUCGCCCUAAUGGUUAAAGAACCUGACAGAGGUCUGAUUCUUGGAUUUGAAUCAUCUCAUCCCACAUACAGAUGUGGUUAAACUUCCAAAUCGAGAGGGGAAAUGCAUGGGCGUUUUGGGGAACUGGUUCAUGCAUGGCGAAUUGAAACAUUUGCGACUAAAAUAAUCGAGAUCUGCACAUGUAUAAUUUUCUCUUUUGCAUGUGCAUGUGCAUCUCCAUACUAAAGAGAGACAAAAUCGAGGUGGAUAAAUAGAUGAAUGAAUGCAAAAUCCACACAUUGAUGAAUUAACCCAGGUAGAUCACACCGAACCGUGGGGAUAAAUCGACAUAAAACUGGGGAUGGUGGACCUACCAUUACAUUAAGAUUACAGUCGUUCCUGUUACUGCACUCAGUGCAUACAUAUGAAGUGCACACGCAUUAGGAUAUAAGUAAAGAGUAGAACAUAGUAUACACCAAUAAUCUUUUUGAUCAUU